ACGAAAUGGUCCCUUUACUAAGAGUGGUCUCUUCCAAGUACGGAACCGUCAACUAUGGCGUCUGGAGUGAAGGCGCUCGAGCAUUCGUCUCUCAAGGUCCCUUAUGAGAUCUUGAACAAGAAGUUCCGGGUCGCCCAGAAGACGAUUGACCGGGAAGUGUCCCAUGUGAUGCAGGCAACUUCCGAGCUGGAAAAAUGUCUGGAAGGAAGUUCUGCAACCGUUGGCAAAGUUGUCGGGCUACUAGAUGGAGUGAUAGAAAAACUGACUGGACUGAAAAGAAAGGCAGAGGAAGCCAUUUUAGCCGAGGAUGAUUCGGCAAAAGUGUGCAAGCGUCGGAUUGAACACCUGAAGCUGCACGACAGUGACCAGCCGAGCACGGUUAUCCAGUGGAAGAAGAAACGGCUGGACAGAAUGCUGGUGGAACAUUUCCUGAGAUGUGGCUACUACAACACGGCAAUCAAGCUGGCCAAGCACUCGGGAAUAGAGGAUUACACAAACAUCGACCUGUUCCUGGUGUCUAAAGAAGUGGAGGAGUCGCUGAAGAGGCAUGAGACUGCCCCCUGUCUAGCCUGGUGCCACGACAACAAGUCCAAACUGCGUAAGAUGAAGCUUACUCUGACUUCAGUGGUCACUAAGAUGAGCACCCUAGAGUUUAAUCUGCGAACACAAGAAUUUAUCGAGCUAGUUCGAGGAAACCACAGACUAGAUGCCGUGAAACAUGCUAGAAAAUACUUCUCCCAAGUAGACCCAGAACAGAUGCCAGAGGUGCAAAGAAUCAUGGGACUUCUGGCCUAUCCCCCUGACACACAGGUCCAGCCUUAUAAGGAUUUGUAUGAGCCCUCUAGAUGGGAUGCCAUGGUGCAGCAGUUCCAGUGGGAGAAUUUCAAGAUUCAUCAAAUUAGCAACUACUCGGUCUUCUGUCUAACUCUUCAAGCUGGCCUGUCCUCUCUCAAAACUCCCCACUGUUACCGAGACCCGGAGAGUAACUACAGAAACUCGCAGUGUCCUGUGUGCAGUAAGCAGAUGAACGAGCUGGCCAAGCCCCUCCCCUUCUCGCACUGCGCCCAGUCCCGCCUCAUCUGUAACAUCUCCGGACAGAUCAUGAACGAGAACAACCCCCCCAUGAUGAUGCCUAAUGGCAACGUUUAUGGAGAAACUGCACUGCUGGCCAUGGCUGCUGAGAAUGGAGGCAAGGUGGUCUGUCCUCGUACCAAGGAAACCUACACUAUUGACCAAGUGGAGAAGGUUUUUGUCAUGUAGGCUCCAUGUAUACACCUUUGGCAGGGUGUCAACAGAUCAGCCUUGUCAUAGACAACAUUGAAAUGAACCAGUUACGUCAUAAUAAAAGUAACCACUUACUAAAUUUGCAGAAAGUUAAGCAUAAAAAGUUCUCAAUGACUUUGAUACUGACAGUGUAAAAAGACAUUUUAAUGAUGUUGAUUUAUACAAUGAUUCUACAUUGUUUCAAAUGUAGUUAUUGAAGCAAGGAGCUGUGGUUUGAAGCUCCUUGAUUGAAGAUUUCAAUUAAAAACCUAGUUGAGGUGGAAAGUUUGUUUCCCUUCAUUUCCAUAUAACUAAAAUUUGAAGGUUUCUUGUUAUAUCUGCUACUUUUAUGCGGAAAUAUAAAGUGUGACUGAACAUGGUACAAUUUUGCAUGGGGGAAGCCUGCAGUAUCCUUUCCAGUAGAUCAAACACAGCCAAGUACACAUAACAUGAUAGAACAGACACACCCAUAGAAAAGAACCAACAUACUAUUUGAUAUUGGCACUGCUACCCCCUUCUUACUACUGAAGUGUGAAUUAGUGACCAGAUACUGAUUGCCAAGCUGCUUGGAAGCAAUUGCAAAGAUUCCUUGCUUCAUUUAAAGUUGCCUUGCAGAAAGUGAGAAACAGAGUUGGAAAAAUGGAUUUUCUGUCAAUCCUUGCAUAUCCUGUGAAGAAAAUGAUAUACAUGUAUUAAAGGCAUCCACCACUCUGGCUUCUUCAAUGUAAUACAUUGAAUUCUCCGCCCCAUUUUUUCAGAAAGAUCUCAAAACCUUUUUGCAGACAAGACACAACUUGACAAUUUCCAAUUUUUUCCCCCUACUUUUAAUGCAUGUAACCUGGAAAUGUACCAGUACCUAAUACAUGAAUCAUGGAAAGAAGUUCAGGAACCAAGUUAGUUCUGAAUCCAAGAGAUAAUUCACCAUGACCCGUUGUGAAACAUAGUCUGAAGAGCAUAUUUAUUUUAUGUGCAUCACAGGUGCACCAUUAAAACAUGGCUGUCAUUUUCCUACUGUUGGUGCUAGACAGUUCCAGCCACAGGUACUACAUGUAACCUGCAUUCUCCCAAAUCUACCCAGAGUUCAUCAAUGCUUCAUAUUGAAGCCUGCAGAUUGGUACAGUUUCCAACACAAGCAUUUCCCU